GCAAAGAAUAACACAUUGAUUUGAGAACUCUGGAGACACAAACCCUCAGCCCUUCUGUCUCACCAUCAUGAGGUUUGAGGAGAUCUUGGAUAAUGUUGGUGGGUUCUCCAAGUUCCAGUUCCUGGUCCUGCUUAUCUUGUGUCUUCCCCGUGCCAUCCUUCCACUCCACUUUCUCCUGCACAACUUCAUCUCAGUCAUACCAUCUCACCGCUGUUCCCUUCAGAGUACACAAGAAAAUGAGAAGGACAGUUGGGACUCUGAGGUGCUUUCCCUUAGGAUUCCCCGCCAGGACGAUGGCUCCUUUAGCUCUUGCAGGAUUUACAGUCCCCUUCCAGCCUUUAACAUCAGCCAAGGAAACCAGUCUGCACCUUGUCCACAUGGAUGGGUCUACGACCAGUCACAGUUUCUUUCUACAACUGCCACAGAGUGGGAUCUGGUGUGCGACAACAAACACCUGAAUCAAGCUCUGGCUACUUAUUUCUUUCUUGGGGUCACAUGUGGAGCCAUUAUGUUUGGACAGCUUUCUGACAAGUUUGGUCGUAAGUCAAUGAUUCUGGUGUCUUUCAUUGCCUCCACGACAUUAGGAGCCACUUCUGCCUUCUCCACUUCCUACACUAUGUUUGCAAUCUCCAGAGCAGUCUGUGGUGCAGCCCUCAGUGGGAUGUCAAUCAUUGGUGUGGUCCUCGGUAUUGAAUGGACAGAUAUAAAGCACCGUACCUUUGCUGGUACUGUUAUGAGUUUAUCUUGGAGUGUUGGGAACAUGUUUCUGGCCCUCCUGGCCUACUUUAUACGAGACUGGAGGCAUUUGACUUUAGCAGUGACAGUGCCCUGCAUUACUGCCAUCAUUCCCUGGUGGUGGCUUCCUGAAUCAGCCCGGUGGUUGCUGGCUAAUGGGAGAGUAGAGGAAGCCAAGAAGUAUCUGAUUCAGUGUGCUAAAGUCAAUGGGAAGAAUGAAUACAUAUCCAAACUGGAUAGUGAGGUUCUGGUGAAGGUGACGGUUUCUGAGGUGGCUGAGAAGAACCACUCCUAUCUGGAUUUGGUCAAAACACCUAAGCUGAGGAAGAUCACACUUGUCUCUGGAUUCUUCUGGUUUGCUGUUGCUUUCCUGUACUAUGGGAUUAGUUUCAAGAUCUCAGGUUUUGGAGUCAAUAUCUACCUCACUCAUUUCAUCUAUGGUGCCAUUGAAGUUCCUGCCAAAGUCUUCGCCUUCUUCAUCUUGGACUGGAUUGGUCGACGAAAUGGCCAGGCGUGGUUUCUAAUCAUAACAGGAUCUCUGAUUGGAAUAAACACAUUCAUUCCUCUAGAGUUCUCUGUGCUUCGUACAUGCAUUGCUGUUGUGGCAAAAGGUUUCUCUGAGGCAGCUUUCACCACCGCAUUCCUUUAUUCGGCUGAACUCUACCCAACUGUCCUCAGGCAAUGUGGUAUAGGUUACACCUCGUGUAUCUGUCGGAUUGGGAGUUCCCUGGCUCCACUGAUCAUGCUGCUGAAUGAUGUCUGGCAUCUUCUGCCCCCUCUGAUCUUUGCUGGCACUGGAAUUAUCAGCGGCAGCUUGGUCUUCCUGCUCCCCGAGACACUCAAUGUCCGUCUGCCUGAAAACAUUGUUGAUGUUGAAGAGGGAAGACACAUGCAGGACGAUGCAAAGGAAGAUGCAGAGAUUGAGCUUGUAAACUGUACAGAGGCAGCAGCAUCGAAAGAAGACUGAUCAGCUGCUGGCCAGAGAAGACUUUCUUUUUGAUGGUUCUGGUUCAUUAACACAUGAAUUAUUGCUCACUAUUGGGAGUUUACAGACUAGUGACUAUUCUGUUCUGAUCUUCAUUUUGACCUCAUAUUGUUUCAGUUAGGACUGUUCAGUACAAUAUAGCAUGAAGCAUCAAUUGUCAUUUUAUUGUUUCAAGCCUUGAAGUCUAAUUUCAAAACUGUCAACCAACCGCUACUCAUACUCAGCUUUCAAUGUGCCUAAUGUUAAUAACAAACACUUGUUUGAGGUUGUCUUUCCUGGUUUGUUCUGUGUUCCCUGGUACCACAGUCUCAUCUGCACUUGUCUUUUGCUUUCCAUGUUCCCCUGUCUGGUCCUCUAUGUUAAGUUAACCCUUGUUUCUCGUUCAGUCGCAUCUUCCUGUUUUUUUCCCCCCAGUAACUGUGGCUUUCUGUGACUCUUGUUGUGUUUACUUCCCCUUUCUCAUCAUGUUUCUAGUUACAGCUGUGUGUUCCACCUGGUGCGUCUCCUCUUAUUGUCCUGAGUGUAUAUGUUUUUUUUAUUGUCUGCACUCCAUUAUAUGGAAGAGGUGCUCUUUAGAACGGAUACACACAGGCUAGAAAUAUCAACAAACUCUGAGGCACUCUCUUUCAAACAGACUCUUUUAUUUUCACAGAAUGGGUAUAAUUAAUUCAAAAACAAACAAACAAAAAACUGGAUCUGAAUCUUUUCUAGUAGUGUUUCAUCAAUAGUGAUCUACCACAUAUGACAUUCCACCAAUAGUUUCUACUGUUGGGAGAGGUGGGAUUGAAAGAAAUUGAAGAUGUAAUGAGCUUACCUCUAAUUACAUCAGAGAGAGGGUAAAAGAGUUUAACAUCCAACCUUUUAAAGUGAUAAUCAGUGCUAAAACAGUUUAUCUAUAUGUGAUUUUGCUAACAGUUGACUGUUUUCUGAUCAAAAAUCUAAUCAAAGUAAAUGUAAUUAUCAUGUUGAAUGAGACUGUCUGUAGACUCCUCUUGUUAAUGUUUUGGGCAAAGCAGAUAUUGUUGGCACAAGAAAGCAUUCGGACCAUGAGCUUGCUAAAACAGGUUAAAAACAAGUUAAACACUUUAUAGUCUGUUUAAAGUCGUAUCAUAUUCUAUAAAUCAUGUUUGUGCUGGAUAUCCUGUGAGCAAUAAAAAACAGUUGUUCAUGAGCACCGA